CUCUGCCCUACCCCCACCAUGGCGGAGUACGAUCUCACGAAGAGGGUCAUGCCCUUCCUGGACCGCCAUCUCUCACUUCCCCUAGUGGUUCAUCUUGCCGAAACCAACUUGUUUGCCAGUGCGGACAUCCAGAUCGCCCAAUAUGAGCUCGCGAAAGGCACCAAUAUGGCGGACUACGCAGCUAAUCUUUUCUCGCAAAUACAUCCAGAUGAGGAGCCCCCAUCGGAGUUCGAGGAAAAACGACGCAACACUAUGUUGACACACGAACGCCUUCAAGAUGAAGCACAAGCUGUCUUAGAUGUUAUCGAAAAUCCCGAAGUUGUUCAGGCAUUGCGUCAGGACAAGGAACAAAAUCUGCAAUACUUGAAAGACAACUAUAACCUCACCCUCGAUCAAAUAACGGUUCUGUACCGGUUCGGUCAAUUCCAGUACUCAUACGGAAAUUACAGUGGCGCGGCUGAUUAUUUGUAUCACUUCCGGGUCCUGUCCACCGACAACGAGCUCAACACAUCUGCUCAGUGGGGGAAACUUGCUUCCGACAUUCUUUCGGGAAAGUGGGAGGUUGCUCUGCAGGAGCUCGACACGCUGCGUGAAUCCAUCGAUUCGCGCUCCCUUCCUGGACCUGCUCUCCAUCAACUUCACUCUCGGACGUGGCUUGUUCACUGGUCUCUGUUCGUCUAUUUCAACCAUCCCGCCGGCCGCACUCUUCUUUUGGAGACGUUCCUUUCGCCUGUCUAUCUGAAUACAAUCCAAACCUCUUGCCCUUGGAUUCUGAGAUAUGUCGCUGCGGCGGCAAUCAUCUCUCGGGCUGCACCAGCUGGUGCGACGCCCCGGGUGCGCAAUGCUGUGCGAGAAGUGGUCAAGGUGAUACAGAUGGAGGAGUACCAGUACCAGGAUCCCGUCACAGCGUUCCUGAAAGAGCUAUACGUGGAGUUCGACUUCGAGGCGGCUCAGAAGCAGCUGGGUCUGGCUGAGCAGGUGCUCAGUGAUGAUUUUUUCCUCGAACAGUUUGGUGCUGAGUUUGUCGACAACGCUCGGUACCUCAUCAGUGAGGCCUACUGUCGCACUCACCAGAAGGUUGACAUCCGGGAUCUGUCUGAGCGCCUCAACCUGUCCGCUGAUGAGGGCGAGAAGUGGAUUGUGAACUUGAUUCGCGAGUCGCGCAUGAGCGCUGAUGCCAAAAUCGACCUUGACAAGAACAUCAUUGAGAUUUUCCGACCAGCUGUGCCUGUAUAUCAGACGAUUAUCGACAAGACACGUGGGCUCCAUCUGCGCACUUCAGGGCUGGGGACAGCAGUCUCUCGUAUAGGAAGUACCGCGAUCCCGGAAGUCACUGUCGCUGCUCGCUGAUUGUACAGUACUCAUAUAUUAGGCAUUUGUACGCUAGUGUUGGUAUUAUGGUAGCGCAAGAAUCUUGGCGGCAGCUUGCUCCGCCACGGACAUGAGUGUGCCGUGGGGAUUUCCCAAGGGAAGGGUUGGCAUAAUCGAGGCGUCGACCACAAACAGGUUGUUCGUUCCAAAGACUUUGGUGUUGACGUCGACAACAGCUUUGCCAGCCACCGUACCCAGCAUAUUGGACCCCACCCAGUGGUUGGAAUUCAUGUUGGACAGUCCAUAAUUCUGGACUGGGGAGGCUUCAGCAACUGCAAGUAUCUGGCUGCAAGCGGAACCGACCGUAAGCGCUGAUCGUCGUGGUGUUGUCCGGCGUGACCAUCUGCAUUCCUGGCACUGUGCAUCUCCGAUUAGCCGGCUAGUCGUCGGAAUUUCAGACGACACACCCAGAGCCAUGCCGGAAACGAUAUCAUUCAAUCCCUGGAUGAGGACUGAUUUGUCAUCGGAAUCAUUCAACCAAGGAUCCACGAUCGGCAUCGCGUUCAGCGCUGCGUUGAUUCCGAUGCGACCUCGCGACUUGAGUCCGGUCGAUAGAUCUUCGCACUCGCUCGCACCUUUGAUUGAACGGAUAAGACGUGUUCCAGGAUGCAGCACCGGGGCGAGCAGUGCCCUGUAUCUGUUGGAAUCUAAGCAUGCGCUUGAAAGAAGAAAGUUCAAGAUUGACCCAACGGGGAAUAUUGUCUGUAGGCCCCGAGUAUGCACGCCAGAAAUUGAGCCUGACAUGGACUGAGGGCACGCUCAGACAAGACGCGGAAUAUCUGACCUCGGAGAGGCCUGUGCCAUGAUACCGGACUGGUUCUUGAUGUAAGGUGCGGUGUCCGCAGCAGGUGGAUCAGUGAAAACAUGGGCCCAGUUACCGUAGGCGUCGCUGAAGCCUGGUCACGAGGUGUUUACGGAUGCAGCGAGACUUACACUGAUGGAUGAGUGAAGACGAGCUAACAAUGACUGCAGUCAGCACUGGACCUGAGCCGAAGAUAUCACAUCAGGCCCACGUUGAUUGACGGAUUGUCAGAGACGUUAUAUCCGACGGGGAGAUUGAUCCACUGCGACUGGGGUGGUAAGUUGGGCCCUGCGGUGGGAUGCGCUUUGACGAGGUUGAUCAUGUCCUAUCCGCAAGAAGAGUUGAGCGUUUGCUGUCGAGCGCCCACAGAGCGCAUACCGUUGGACCGAUUCCACUCUUGAACAAGAGUCGGGAACUACCAAACGUGCCGGCGGAUAAGAUGACACGUCCGUUGGGAUUGAGAGGGUAGAUUCCACCAGGAACCGUGGUAUCGCUGGUUUUGACACCCGUGAUCUGCGAUCCAUUCCGGAUGACAUUGAGAACCUCGGUAUUCAUCAUGAGCUUGAAGUUCUUGCGCGCCAGAGCCGUUUGUAGAUAUGUGGCAACCGGGCCACCUCGCUUGCCGUUGAGGAACUUGGACCGAGAUUCAGCGAUGUAC